UUUACGUUUAUGUUCAAGCAAGUUCUUGGUCUUGGUCUCUGCUCGUCGCAACUCUCAAUCCCCGAAAGCCCUUGCAGAAAAUCUGAGUUAUAAAAGUCUUGAUCUUGAUGGCGCCUUCUGUUAACAACGGAGAACCUGCCAUGGACACAAAUGAUUGGAGGAAUCAUUUGCCAUUUGAUUCACGACAGAAGAUCGUCAGCAAGAUAAUGGCUACACUAAUGAAGCACCUUUCGUAUUCUGGACCAGAAGGGAUUAACGAGCUCAAGAGAAUAGCUGUCAGGUUCGAGGAGAAAGUUUUCAGCAGUGCUGUUUACCAGACUGAUUACCUUCGGAAAAUAUCUAUGAAGAUGCUGACUAUGGAGACUAGAUCGCAAAAUGUAGCCGGUUCGGCUUCUUAUAUCCCUGCUGAUAGAAGCAACCUAGCCUUGGAUGAACUGGACAAUCUCAUGAUCAAUGGCAAUGUAGAGCCUUUUCUCCUGAACGAAGAACCUGCCAUAAACUCUGGUGACUGGAGAACUCAACUGCCACCGGGUUCACGACAGAACAUCGUCAACAAGAUAAUGGAUACACUAAAGAGGCACUUUCCGUAUUCUGGACCAGAAGGGAUUAACGAGCUCAAGAGAAUUGCUGCCAGGUUCGAGGAGAAAAUUUUCAGCAGUGCUGUUAACCAGACUGAUUACCUCCGGAAAAUAUCGAUGAAGAUGCUGACUAUGGAGACUAAAGCUCAAAAUGCAGCUGGUUCCGAUUCUUCUAUCCUUGCUGAUAGUAACAACCUAACCUUGGAUAUAAUUAGGAAUCAUUUGAUCAAGGACAAUGCAGAGACUUCUCUCCUGAACGUUGAACCUACCAUAAACUCAGGUGACUGGAGAAUUCAACUGCCACUUGAUUCACGCCAGAAGAAUAUCGACAAGCUAAUGGAAACUCUGAAGAAACAUGUUCCGUAUUCAGGGCAAGAAGGAAUUGAGGAGCUCAGGAGAAUUGCUCUCAGCUUCGAGGAGUUAAUAUUCAACACUGCUAUUAACCAGGUGGAUUACUUUCGCAAAAUAUCCUUAAAGAUGCAGACUAUGGAAGAGGACGACUAAG